AUCUAUAUAUAGGAUAGGAUGGCGUGACAAAAAAGACGACCUAACGGAAGCCCCGUCCGACUCCGACAGUCAAAACGGUUUCUUCGAUCGAGGAGGUACGAAGGUCAGGAAGAAGAGAUUCCGUGUGAGAAAUGGAUAGAUUUGCUGCUUUGAAGACGGCGGUGGAGACGGCGGAGCUGGUGGAUGCGCACGCGCACAAUAUAGUCGCGGCGGACUCCACCUUCCCGUUCCUGAACUGCUUCUCCGAGGCCAGCGGCGACGCCUUGUCCAGUGCAAUCCAUACCAUUACUUUCAAGAGAAGUAUUAGGGAAAUCGCAAAACUUUAUGGCUCAGACUCUUCAUUGGAUGCCGUUCAAGAAUAUCGUUCCAGAUCUGGAGUGGAAGAAAUCACUGAAAAGUGCUUUAAAUCUGCUAGAAUCUCUGCCUUAUUAAUUGAUGAUGGACUUGACUUAGACAAGAAAUAUGAGAUCGGGUGGCACAAUGCAUUUGCACCAUUUAUUGGUAGAAUAUUAAGAAUUGAACACGUGGCUGAGAGAAUUCUUAAUAAGGAUACACCUGGUGGAACAACAUGGACACUGGAGCUGUUUGCAGAAUUAUUCACUGAUAGCUUGAAUUCGCAUAUUGAUAAAAUCGUUGGCUUCAAAAGUAUAGCCGCAUACCGCAGUGGACUUGAAAUUAACCCAAGUGUUUCAAAAAAGGAUGCUGAGGACGGCCUCAAUGAAGUUUUAAGAGCUGGAAAGCCUUUCCGCAUCACAAAUAAAAGCUUUAUUGAUUUCAUCUUCAUCCACGCAAUGGAGGUUGCUCAACACUUAAACUUGCCAAUGCAGAUACACACAGGUUUUGGAGACAAAGAUCUGGAUUUAAGACUGUCCAACCCCCUUCUUCUUCGUAAUCUUCUUGAGGAUACUAGAUUCAGUAAGAGUCGAAUUGUUCUGUUACAUGCUUCAUAUCCAUUUUCCAAGGAAGCAUCAUAUUUGGCCUCUGUUUAUCCCCAGGUCUAUCUAGACUUUGGGCUGGCAGUGCCUAAACUUAGCUUUCAUGGGAUGAUAUCCUCCAUGAAAGAGCUUUUGGAUUUAGCACCAAUGAAUAAGGUGAUGUUCAGUAGUGAUGGUGUUGCAUUUCCGGAGAGCUUCUACCUAGGUGCCAAGAAAGCUCGUGAGGUUGUAUUUGCUGUUCUUCGAGAUGCAUGCAUUGAUGGAGAUCUUUCAAUUCCUGAAGCUUUGCAAACUGCUAAAGACAUAUUUUCUGAUAAUGCAAGGGAGUUAUACAAAAUCAAGGCUGUUGGACGAUCUUCCGAUUCUAAUAUAUAUUCAUUUCCCAUCUCUUUGAAUCAUGAUGCAAAUGCUUCUGUUGAUGGUAUUGCAUUUGUUCGUAUUAUUUGGAUUGAUGCUUCUGGACAGCAUAGGUGCCGUGUGGUUCCUCAGAAACGUUUUUACACCCUUGUUAUGAAGAAUGGAAUUGGACUAACAUGUGCGUCAAUGGGGAUGACCUCCUAUGCUGAUGGUCCUGCUGACGAAACUAAUCUUAGUGGAGUGGGUGAAAUCAGACUUAUUCCUGAUCUAUCAACUAGAAAUAUAAUCCCUUGGGCAAAAGAACAAGAGAUGGUCCUGGCCAACAUGCACCUUAAACCGGGAAUUUCAUGGGAGUAUUGUCCAAGAGAAACGCUCCGACGAGUUGCAAAAGUUUUGAAAGAUGAAUUUAACUUGGUAAUGCAUGCUGGCUUCGAGACUGAAUUCUAUCUCCUUAAGAACGUGCUAGUGGAUGGGAAAGUGAGCUGGGUGCCAUUUGAUGCAACUUCAUACUGCUCCACAUCAGCAUAUGAUGCAGCUUUUCCUAUCCUCAAUGAAGUUGUGGCUUCUCUUCAGACCUUGAAUAUUGCGGUGGAACAGUUACAUGCAGAAUCUGGAGAUGGUCAAUUUGAAAUUGCACUAGGUUAUACAGCUUGUGAAAAUGCAGCUGACAACUUAGUUUACACACGAGAAGUUAUUCGAUCUGUGGCCAGAAAACACGGACUAUUGGCGACUUUUGUACCUAAGUACUCUCUUGACAAUAUUGGCUCUGGAUCGCAUGUGCACGUCAGUUUGUCGGAGAAUGGAGAGAAUGUAUUUAUGGGGUCUGCGGGAACAAGUAGAUAUGGCAUAUCCAAGAUUGGGGAGGAGUUUAUGGCUGGGGUACUGAAUCACCUUCCUUCAAUAUUAGCCUUCACAGCACCACUUCCAAAUAGUUAUGAUCGUAUCCAACCAAAUACAUGGAGUGGAGCAUAUCAGUGCUGGGGAAUGGAAAAUAGAGAAGCUCCUAUUAGAGCAGCUUGUCCACCAGGAACCGCACACGGCUCUAUAAGCAAUUUUGAGAUAAAAGCAUUUGAUGGCUGUGCAAAUCCUUAUCUUGGCCUGGCUUCCAUAAUGGCGGCUGGAAUUGAUGGUUUGCGCACACAUGCUACUCUUCCCGAACCAAUAGAUGACAAUCCUGACAACAUUAAAGACAAAGUGCUACGGCUACCAGCCUCGCUUUCAGAAUCUGUCGAAGCCCUGGAAAAAGAUGCAGUGCUCAGGAAGUUCAUAGGCGAAAACCUUUUUGUUGCCAUCAAAGGUGUUAGAAAGGGUGAAAUUAAGUACUAUGCAGACAAUCAGGAUGCCUGGAAGAAUCUCAUUUUCAAUUAUUGACUCUGCCCAUCUCCUUUUCAAGAUCAAUUUGGCUACAGGUUUUUCUCUCCGACUCCUGAAUUGUCACGAUUUCAUUUGUCUGAUUUAAACCUUAUUUUCUUUUGGUAAAUUCCGGCUUCAAUGAAAUGAGACGUAAUGUUCGCUGUCAAGAUAAAUCACACUAGGGAAGUUGUGUGUGACAACAAAAUCAAUAAAAGGUAUGCCCAUUCAAGUCCACCAACUCGACCGCCUCUUUAUUUUAUUUUCCUUAGACACCAGUUGGAUUCCUCUAUCAAUUAUUUACAAAGCGGGGUUUGGUAUCCUUUUAAUACUGUAUAACAAUCAGCAGCGUUCUGAUUUUAUUUAA